AUGAAGGUCCUCUCCCUGGCUGAACUCUUCUGGCCGUGUAUUCUGUUUAUGAUUCUGAGAGUACUUCGUUUUCAAGAACCUCCCAGACAUAGAGACAAUUGUUAUUUGCAAUCCCGGGAUCUGCCUAGCCGGGGCAUUUUCCCCUUUGUCCAAGGCCUUCUCUGCAACACCAGGUCUAGGUGCAGGAACACAAGCCAUCAAUGGGCCACAGAGCAGCAUUUUUGUUCUACUGGUUUUUGCUUCAUUUACUUCGGAGCUCUGGUGGUGACAGUCUCUGGUGGGCUUGGGGAUGAUGCAGCUUUGCUUUUCUUCUGUGGCUCCCAACUGCAGCAGCCUUCUCACAAGAAGGCUGACGACCUGGCCUUCUUAAAAGAGGUAUAGGACCUUGCCCAGGAAGUUUAUGAAAUGAUGGACAAGGCGAGAAACUUACAAAAACUUUGGGUAGAAAGAUCCAAGACUCCAGAUUCUUCUUAUGGCUCCAGUUUUUUAACAAUGGAUCUCAGUAAGACUGAGGAGGUGAUCGCUAAGCUGGAGAGUCUUCACUGGAAGCCCCCAGUCUGGGAUUUUCUACUUUUACUGCCGAGACUCUAUGCAAACAAUGUCCGUGUUGAAGACAGCCUCCUCGGGGGAGGACACCUACUCCACUGGGUUCUGAGCUCCUUCUCAGCUCUGGGACAUUUAGACUGGCUGCCAGUCAGCCACACCUUUUCCAGGGUCUCUGCAAUGGUGCUGCAGGUGGCCAUUUCGACGCUGGUAUUUCUGCAGGAGAACGGAGCAGCGGCCAUGGAGUCAGGAUACAGCCUGUCCUUGAAGGAGCUGGUGUGGGACCCACAGAAGGUUCAGGCUGACCUGAAAUCCCUAUUCGGUUUUGAUGACCUUCACGCAGAACGAAUCCUGAAUUAUUCCGCUGUGUUCCGUGUUAUCCCUGCCUCAAAGGCAAUUCCCACAGACAGUUCACUGGGGCGGAUGCUGUGUUCAGCCUUGUCCAGCUGCCACGAGGAUGAAGAGGAAUGGGGAUGGGGGGGUCACCCUGCAGACUGCGACCCCAGGUGGUCAGCAGCCAGAAACUACCUGCUCUGCGCCACCAGUCAGCUGCACCUCUGCAAACAGGUGUUUGACCAGUGGCAGAAGGGCAGCCUCUUCCAGAGGAUCCUGGCGGGGACUGGCCACGGGCUGGAGGCUCUGGGGACUCAGUCUGGGGAAGGGAGCCAGGCCUGGACGGUGGCGGGAGCUUUGCAGGCUGCCCUUCUCCUCCUGAACGACAGUGUGGCAGUCGACGGACCCCAAGGCAGCCACACACCUACCAGGAUAUUACUGCCCCUGCAGAAACUGCAGCGCCUCCUUUGGGAGCUGCCCCCGUGGCCGGCCCUGACGAGACUGCUCCAGCUCGACGGGGCUCUCAGGAGUGUGGCGGCCCAGAAUCUACACCUUGUCCAAGAAAUCCUCAUUCGCCUGGAGACGUUUUCUAAGGACUCUGGACCCGCUGGGCCUGGCCAGUCAAAACUGGAAAAGGACGUGCUUUUUGGGGAGUUAAAUCAGCUGUGGUUGAAGAAGAACGCCACUGGUCUGUACCUGAACGGACGCUUGUCCCAGACGGAAGCUCCCCUGCCUCCUGGGACCGCCGGCAUCCGGGGGGUCCCCGAGGGGCUGGGCUGUGGUCACCACUCCUCCAGUGAGGCCAGUGCUUUACAUAAGCUGCUUGAGUCACUGGAGGAUGUGGUGGGUAUCCACUGUCUGGUCUCUUCCGGGCACUGGGGGCUCAUUUCUGAGGUAGAUUCACCAAAGAUGCUCACACUGGAGCCUCAGUCUUACAAGACAGCUGCCCCUGGGCGCCCCCUCCUGGUAUUUCAUACACUUGAGAAAGCCCAGCGGUUCCUCAAACAGACAUACCCCUGGAAAGCCUUCAUGGGGUUCAUACGGAAGACUUGCCAGGUGGCUCGAUAUGUGAAUAAGCAGGAAAGUUUCCAGAACAGUCUUCUUGCUUUCUCUGAGGAAUCUCCUUGUUAUGAAGAAAUCAUGGAUUGGAAAAUCAUUGGUGAUAAUUAUUUUGCAUUUUUGAAUAACUUGAUCAAGACUCCAAUAGCUUCCAUAUCUAGGGUCUUAUAUUUCACAAAGGCACUUCUAAUGAUGGAAAAGAAGUUGUAGACCCUUGAGGAUGAGCAAAUGAACUUCUUUUUAUCUCUUACGGGAUUUUUGGAGAAAUUAUUAUUGCCCAAUCCUUUCGGCUCAUCCAGUAUUCCCAAAUUCCAUAACCUCUCAUCUCUCCCUGAGACGAUUCUAAAUAUAAGUCAUUUGUGGAUAAAUCAUUUAGAGAGUUUAGAGAGAGACACACCUGGUAUUGAUACUCAGAAACUUCUGGAAUUCGGUAAAGAAAUGAUUGAAAAGGUACAAGCUCUUGAAAGUCUCUGGAUAAGGAAGGAAUCAAGAAAUAUCUUGAGAUUUAUGGAACUAAUACUUUUUGGAAUGAAUCCCAAGAUCCUGGCAUUGUGGAUGCAUGGCGCUUCAAAAGGAGAAAGAGCUAAACUGGGAAUCUUGUCUACACUUGUAAAUUUUUCUGAUCCAUAAAAUGAGAGGAUUCAUAGUAAAAGCUUUAAAUUUUCCCAGUUGUUCCAUUCAGAUUGGCCUCAGUCGCCAGGCAGGAAAAUGGAUUUUGUUCAUUUAAGUGAAGUGAUAAUAAAUAAUCUCUAUGAAUUAGGAUUUCUGAGGCAGCAACAAAUCACAGAAGCUGUAGGCACAGUCUAUGCUAUGAGGAAUACAUCCGUUUUCUCAGCCCUUUCUGAACCUCAAAAACAAGACAUUGAUAAAAUUUUGACUCAUGUCUAUCUAAAUGUCUUCCAGGACAAAGAUUCAGCUUUACUUCUCUAGAUUUACUCUUCAUUUUACCAAUAUAUUUAUAAAUUCUUGAGCAUUCAGAGGAGAGGGUCUUUGCUGUCUUUCCUUACACAAAUCUCAAAACACAUUUUAGAUAUCAUAAAGCAAUUUAAUUUCCAAAACAUCACCCCAGCAUUUGCAUUUUUAUAUGAGACAACAGGGUUUCUUAGGGGAAUUUCUGAAGUAUCUUACUGUCAACAGUUGCUUUUAAUUUUUAACGUUUUGGAGCUUCAAGUCCAAUCCCUGUUGUCUACAGAGGGCCCCGCAGUGGAAGUGAUCCACUCUACUUUUUCUUUAUUUCAGUAUGUGAGCCAACUCGUCAAUGGCUCAGCAGAAGCCCUGCUGGGUAGUGAACGCUUUGUUCUGGGUAAUAAAAGCGUUUCUUCCGUGAAUCAUUCAAUAGAUGAGGGGUCUUCAUCUAUUCUCCCGUGGGCACAAAUCCUUUCAAACCUCUCAGCAAAUGGCAGUGAGUUCCAUGAGUUUACGGCCGUUCACUGUACCAUUUCAUGGCUGCAAAUGUGGACCCAGAUCUGUGGACGACUGGCUCAAAUAUUUCAGCUGGACACGAAUGUUUUCACUCCUCUUCGUGUUGGUCUCACUCAGAUUUUGGCUGUUCUGGAAAGUGAUGUGAAAAUUCCCAAAAGCUGCCAGGGAAUAUUUCCAGAUGUGGAAAACAAAAUGAACUCUACUUUGAAGCUUGUUACUUGGAUGUUGAAUAUAAUGAUGGGACCUUAUUGUUCAUUGAAUAUGUCAAAAAUAAAUUGUGUGAACGUUUACUUAAAAAAUGUGACUGACUUUCUAAACGUUAUACUUAAUGCAGUCUUUGAAAAAGAAAAGGUACCAAAAUCUGAGAUUUUAUUAACUCUUUUAAAUGAUUCCACAAACCAAGUAAGGAUGAUUAUCAACAACUUAACAAGGGACUUUGAUUCUGCGCCUCAAUCCAACUGGAAACAUUUUACUGAAUUAAUUCUAAAACGCAUAGAAAUGUCAGAUGAAAUGCCUCGUCAGUUUCAAGGUAUUUGGCUGCAUUUAGUAGCUCUGGGGAAGGAAAUUCAAAAACUUGUGAAAGAUAUUUCCCCUAACAUCCUGGAAAAGAACACCUCUUCUAAAACUGAAAAAAAAUUAAACAUAUUUGCUACCAGUCCAAAGGAAAAUAGUAUACACAGAUUAGGCUGUUCAUUUUAUCAGUUAGCUAGUUACCUUGCCUUCAAUUUAUCCCAUGAUCUCCAAAUUUCACCCCAGAUAAUUUCUCAUGGAUUAAUGAAAGCCAUGGGUCUCAGUAUUGAAUUCAUGAGGGAGGCGAUCAACACCCUGACGCCCUCAGUUUAUCACGAUAUUCCACAAGAGCCAGGUAAUAUUCAAGUUUUAAAGAAGGUAACUUCUCUCCUGUGCAUGGUCAAGGAAACAGACAUACACCUGCUAGUAGACCAGCUGGAACAGAUAAGUGAAAGCCUGAUGGAUUUCUUUAAGAAUGUCAGUAGGUUAGGUACUGGCAGUUUGGGGGUCAGCUUCUUUGUUGACUUGAUGGAAAAACUUGUGGACAGCUCACAUUCUUGGAGUGUUAACCACCUGCUGAGGUUCUCACGCCUGCUUCCUAAAGAGGACUCCGAUGCCUCCGUCGACGUGUACUAUGUGCUCCCUUGUGCCAUGAGGCUCCUGUGGGACGUGGGUGACAAAAACAUCAUGGAGGCCCUCAAGGACGUCUGUAACUUUACGCUCCUGCAUGGCAUAAGCCUUUCAGACGUCACCAAGGAAGACUUCACUAUUGUGAUUAAAACUCUUUUGGACACAAUUGAAUUACUAUCAGAUCAACCAGGCAUCCUUUCAGAGGCUUUAACUUGUCUUCCUGUGUUUUGGCGCUGGAAUCACACAACUUCUGGAUUUCAGCAGAAUCCAAGGUCAGGAGCCUGUGAUGCCCACAAGCUCACGUCUCCUUCCUUUAACAGCAAAGUGGCCAGUAUCCUUGACCACCUCCACCUGUCUUCCCCAGGUGAAGACUCACAAUGUUGGAAUGGCUCACAGGUGGAAAUAACUAGGAAAGUAGCCUGUGUAAUUCAUGAAUUAAUGGAUUGGAAUUCCAUUCUUCUAGAGCUGUCCAAAGUCUUCCAUGUUAAAACUUUGCUUGUGAAAACUGUGCAAGAAUUUUGGCAUAAGGUGUUACCAUUUGUCCCAUUUUCGGGAAAUUAAAGCAAUAGCAGCAUCUCUGAACUUUGUCCCAGCGGUUCCAUAAAGCAAAUUGCUUUGCAAAUCAUAGAAAAAUUAAAAAAAGGCAACUUUACAAAAGCCACAUCAGAUGAAAACCUCCUUGAUUAACUAGCUAGUUUAAACAAGAUCCUUAACGUUGAUGAAGGAACAGAAUCAUCUGUUAGAAAUAUUUCCUUACAUUUGGAAAGGAUAAUAAACUUGCUUUCUAGGGAUGAGAGCCUAGAAAAUAGUGCUAAUUCUGUAGUCUCUCCAUUCAUGACAUUUCUGAGAAAUGGUUGUAGUUUAGAAGCACUAUCACAUUUUAUUAAAAAAAGUGAAACAACUUACAACUGUGAAGAACUAUGGCUUGAGUUUCAACAAAUCAUGAAAGAUCUAACCCAUAACUUUAGUAUCAGAUCCCUGUUUUCUGAAAUUAACGAAGAAAUACAAAUUACUAAUUCAGUGGCUCUUCAAAACCUAACUUUGCCACUUGCCCAUUUUUUCGAAAGCCUGGAUUCAUCAUCCUUGAAGACAUUAGAAAUCAUUGAAGAGUUUUUAUUGGUCAUAAAAAACUGGGUUCAUAAAUAUGCAAAUGAAGAUUACUCCAAAAUGAUACAAACAUUAUUUCUUCUUGCAGCUAAAACUGAUGAUAUAGCUUUGUUGCCUAAAGAUAUUGCUACCAUUUGGGGUAAUCUCUAAAAUGUUUCCAGAGAAGAUAAUUUUGAUGUUGCCCUACUUCUUCGUCUGCUAAACCAAGAACAGCUAAUUAAUUUCUCAGUUGUUCAGCUGCUUUUUGAAAGCUUCCUAAUUAAUUCAAUCAACAACUUAGCUGAGAGUGCUCGAGAAGCAGCCUUGAAUUUAAGUGAUACCAACCUUCAAAUAAUGAAUUUCAUUAACCUCGCCUUGAACCAUACACAGUCAGAAAAUGGUGAGAGAAUCAUUCUCCCUCCAAGAAGCAUAGUGGAUUUCUUGAAACAGCUUUUGAAAACAUUCUUCCCCUUUUUACUAAAGGAAAAUUCUGGGGACAAAAUAUCUCUUCUGCUGAAAGACUUCCACAAAAAUGUCAUUGCAGAGAUGAGUUUUGUCCCAAAUGAUAAAAUUCUAGAAAAUUUGAAACUGGAUCAUUUUCUCAUCUCUAUGAAAGAGGACAGAUUGGUGAACAUUUUUUCAUCUUUAAAGGAAGCUGUGUAUCACCUAAUCAAAAUCUCAUUUAUGUUAGACGGUGGAGAAUUUUAUUUUGAUAAUCCUUAAGGAUUGCAGUUAAUGGGAGAUUUAUUGCACACUCUUCUAAGGGAAACCUCAAUGAAAAAUGAGACUGAAAAUAAUCUGGAGUUUCUUACGGUGGUGAAUCAGUUGCUUUCCCAUAUGAACAGUUCUGAGGACCUUUUCAAACUCAAUCAAGAUCUCAGGUCUGCUCUUCACCUCGUGAGAGAAACGUCAAUAGAGAUAGCACAUCUCGUGGACACUCUUUUAAACUCUCCUACUAAGGACUUACAUGCCCUGUACCCUGCCCUCCAAGAAGUUAUACUCACUAAUCUAACCGAUUUGCUUUCCUUUAUAAAUAGUUCAUCCCCCUUAAGAAACAGAGUAACGUUAGAAAUUACCAAGCACUUACUUGGUGUUAUCUCAAGGGCAAGAGUGGGUGGAGACAGUCAUGCCCUGGACCCCCUCUCAGAAAUGUCCAGAACUCUGACCAUGCUGGUGGACGAUGGCGCCAAAAUGAGAGGUCUCGCCACCUCCAUCACCUCCACCGCGGACCUUCUUAAGCUGGCCGAGAAAACUUCAAGAGAGGUGGCUGCCAUGUUUGAAAUGCCUUUUGUCUUCACAGCCAAUGACACCAUGAACUUCUUGGACACACUUUAUUCCAUUUUUCAACAAAGUGUUCGAGAUGUUGCCAAUGAAAUGAUUAAUUUGAAAAAAGCAGAUCGUUUAAUAUUUGAAAAUAUAGAUGACUUGUUGACACCAUUUCUUGACUUGGCCUUUGGGAUGAUUGGAGUCAAACCUGCUGUUUCCCAAGACUCUGAUAUUUUCAAUGUGUCAUCUAGCAUAUUUACAUAUGUGAUCCAGUCCAAAGAUAUUUAUGAUAUUAGGGAAGAAAUAGCUGAAUUUUUAACUUCUGUGAAAAUCAAUUUGGGAGACAUGGAAUGUCUUGUGGCAGCAUUUAAUAAUGGGACCCAAAUAUUUUCUGUGGAUUCUGUCAACUUAUGGGAAGAAAUCCUGGACUGCUUAGUUCCUAUAAAAAUCAUCAAUCACAAAGACUUUUUAUAUUCUAAUCCAAUUUCCACUCAUAAUUUGCCUCAAGAUACAAAAGGGGAAAGAACUUGUGAAGUGAUCCUGUUUUUGCAUGAAAUACCAUCACGAAACAGCAUGGAACUAGGGACUUACUUGAGAAAGGUGAUCGACCUCACCUCAGAAGCGCUUUGGCAUAAGUUAGGGAAGGACAACAAGGAUGUUCUUAGUCUGUUGCUGACAUUGGCUCCACAUCCAAAUGACCUUUUGAAAACCGUAACAGCAGUUGGAAAGGCCUCCAGUGGGUUGAAAAGUGACAACAGAGGUGAUUUGAGUAAAGCUUUGCUUUUCAGCACUUCUUUGAUUCAGGACGUGACUCACCAACAACUCAGAGAAGCAGUCCAGAGCGUGUUAAGUAGACUAGCUCUCGUGAGUCAAGAGCUUCUCCUCAACAGCUCUCAGAAGACACACUCCUUGAGCACUUUGUUUCAGCACAUUUUUGAAAUUUUUAUUAAUUCAACCCCUGGAGAGAAUAGCAGGUCAAGAAAAGAUGAGAAGACCAAGGAAGAGCUGGUUGACUUUCCUGAUGUCACGCCCAGGAUGUGGGCCUGCUCCUCACAGGCCUGUCCCUCUGCCCCCGCCCCACGCCGCCGCCAGUUCGCUGCCGCCCGGAACCACGAGCUCUCCCUAAAGGAGGCGGCUGGUGAUGGGGCUGCCCCCCCGCCCCGCCCCGCCCCGCCCCCCCUGCCCCGGCGCUCGGCCCCGCCCCGGCGCUCGGCCCCGCCCCGGCGCUCGGCCCCGCCCCGGCGCCCAGCUUCCAGCAGCGCGGGGCCCGCUGGGACCGCGAACCCCAAGACGCAUGCGCAGACCCAGCGUGUUGGAACCGGGUGGGCCAGGGCUGACCCGGGCCUGCGGGCGCCCAGCACGCAGCUUUGCACGUCCUUUCGGGCCGAGACCGGGGGUUCCUCCACGGUGCUUCUCCAAGUCCUCAGGGCUGCACCCCCAGCCGAGGGGAGGCCUGGAGACUUCCAGGCUGCCCUGCAGACCUUCAAGGAGCUGGAAAAGAUAGGGACCUCUCCCCAUCAGCUGAGUUGUGAAGGUCUUAUCAGGAAUCUGUCCAGCGCCUUGGAAAGCUUCAGGAGCAGCUUGGAAGAUGCCAGCGAGCAGGGCUGUGAAUGCCAGCCUGGACCAGCCUCCAUGCUGCACACGCACAUGUAUGUGUUGGCCCAAAGCCUCGAGAAGACUUUGUUGUCUGGGAAUCCCAUUAUGACUUUUCUUCGCAAUUUCACAGUAACUGGGGACGUAAAAGUAAGAGAGUCGGUGCAGAACACCACCACGUUAACUGAAGAGCUUCGAUCUUCUCUCCACAUCGCGGACGAAACUAUCAGCAGUAUUUUAGAAGCACACGUUUCCCACUCUGAGCUGCAGUUUGUUCUCUCCAGUGCCCCGACGGUGGCUUUGUCUCGAAGGCGCAAUGGGGACAUUCUUUGUCUGCUGCUCAAGUUCCCUGAGGAUGGAAAGUCUGGGUCUGCAGCGAGGGAGCUGUGCCACCUGCCCGGGGCCCAAGUGUUUUCCCUGACUGUGCUGAUGGGUUGGAACCUGGACCUGCGGAAUUUCGUAUACAAAACUCUGCUCCCUGCGCAAGCCAGCGGCCCGCUCAGCUCCCUGCUGGACGUCGGGUCCAGCCUCGGCCACCUGCUCCCCGAUUACAGAUCGUUUGCUGCGAAUACAAACGCGAAGUUGAAUGAGGCUUCAGCCUUUGGUCCUUUCCAGUCUGUGAUGAAGGUGGUUUGCAAGGACCAAGCCUCUUUCUUUAGGAACUCUGACAUCUUUCUUCACUUGCCUAGAGUUAAUGAAUUCUUAGGAGACGACAAGGAAAAAUUCAACAUUCCUGAAGAUUCAACACCCUUUUGCUUGAAGCUUUAUCAGGAAAUACUACAGUCUCCAAAUGGUGCUUUGGUAUGGUCCUUCCUAAAACCUGCAUUACAUGGAAUAAUACCGUACACACCAAACACUCCAGAGAUUAAUAAGGUCAUUAGAAAGGCAAAUCGUACUUUUGAUUUUGUGGACAAGCUGAAGACUUUAUCUGAAACACUGCUGAGCUUGUCCAGUGUUUUUCAGAGCAGCAGAAAUGGUCAGAUGCUCCGUCAACUGCAGGAAGCCCUGAAAAACAAAUUUAUAAGAAGCUUUGUAGAAAGCCAGCUGCACAUUGAUGUAGACAAAUGGACGGAAAAGCUCCAGACACUCGGAGGGAAGCUGGGCCAGAUGCUGAACCUCAUGGGCGCUGGACGCCUCUGCUCCCUGGGCCGCAUCCUGGCCAACCUGACCUUCUGUGUCCUACUGACCCUCUUCCAUGGCCUGACCUCCGCCACCUGCCUGGAGGCGACCUCACAGGCCCUCAUGCGGAAGAACAGCUUCUUGGCCAGUAUCAUUUUUAACAGUUCCUCAGCAGGUAAGAACCUCAGCUCAGAAUCUCUCCAGCUGCCACCCCAGGUUACGUACAGCAUCCGGACCAGCAUUUUGUACAGCUUGAGGAUGGAUCUGGUGAAAAACCCUUUCUGGAAGUUCCACCCUCAGAGCCUCCCAGCCGAUGGGUUCAAGUGUAACUACAUCUUUGUCCCGUUGCAAGACAUGAUCGAAAGAGCUAUCAUCUCAGUGCAGACAGAUGGGCAGGAGGCCCUGAACCUGGCCUUGCAGGUGCAGGCCAUCCCGUACCCGUGUCACACCAGCCACCUGUUCUUGAACAGCGUCGGCUCCUUCUUCCCGCCGAUAGCGAUGCUCACGUGGAUGGUGUCCAUGGCCAGCGUGGUCCGCAGGCUGCUUUACGAGCGGGAGAUCCAGCUGGAGGAGUAUGUGAAGAUGAUGGGCCUGUCCCCCGCCGUCCACUUGCUGGCCCGGCUCCCGGAGCACGGGGCCAAGCUGACGGUGAGCCGCGCCGCCCUGGCCCUCAUCCUCGGGGUCAGCGCCGUCUUCACCUCCACCAGCACCUGGAUGGUCCUCUUCCUCCUGGACUCCGGGGUGUCGGUGGUCACACUGAGCUACCUCCUGAGCGCAUCCUUCGGCCGGGCGAGCUCGGCCGCCCUGUGCAGCUUCCUGCCCUACAUCGUGCCGGCCUGCAGGCCUCCCUGGUCGGUGCGUUGUUUUGUGAAACUGCAGAACGAGGCUGCCGUGUACCCCGCGGCACGUUUCAGUGCAUCACUGUCGGGUGUGUGGGGCUUCCCCAUCUCGCCGGUGUGUACCCACCCUCAGCUGCAGCCUCGCGGUGGUGAGCUCACUGACACCACGGACGACAUAGAGGAGGUCCUCUGCAUCUGUAAAGUUUCCUCGUGCUCUGUGAGUUUGCACACCUAUAAAUCAGGACGCCCGACAGCGGUUCUGCUCCAGGCACAGGGUCAGACAGGUCUUGGUCCUGAGCGAGCCCUGGGGCCGUUCUUGAACAGCGUCGGCUCCUUCUUCCCGCCGAUAGCGAUGCUCACGUGGAUGGUGUCCAUGGCCAGCGUGGUCCGCAGGCUGCUUUACGAGCGGGAGAUCCAGCUGGAGGAGCAGUACCUCCUCUCCACAACUGCCUUUAGACAAGGAGUACUUUUGGUUACAUUCCUGGAAGGGCAAGAGGCAGGGAUUCAGUGGGAUAAUAUGUACCAGUCUCUGGAACUAGUGGGCAUGACAUUUGGCUGGGUUUGCUGGAUGAUUCUGUUUGAUUCAGGCCUUUACUUCUUAUGUGGAUGGUACUUGAACAACUUGAUUCCUGAUUCCACAUAUGGUGGUGGUGAAAAGGCAGAUCACGGGGGCUCUCACCUGUUCUUCUUCAGUGCGGACGUGGACAGUCAAGGCUCGUCCCUGCAAAAUGGGGAAGGAGAGCUGGAAGGAGGCCCCCCAGGUGUUGUCCUGCUUUCUGUGACCAAGGAGCAUAAUCACCACCAGGCGGGGUUCUGGGACCUGACCCUGACCUUCCACAGGUACCAGAUCACUGCCCUGCUAGGGACCAACGGUGCUGGGAAGACCACUGUCAUUAGUUUUUUAGGGGCUCUACCCCCGCUGCCAUCCGGAGCCAUUGCAGUCAAUGGCAGGAACCUGCAGACGGAGGUACCCUCGGUCAGGGCAGAGCUGGGCACAUGUCCGCAGCGCCACGUCCUGUUUGCCCCCCUCACAGUGCUCGACCACCUGCUGCUAUCCCCCUCCCUGAAGGCACCACGGGGGACCCAUCAGGAGCUGCGUGGCCAUGUCCGUAGAACUCUCCAGGACGUGGGGCUGGCACAGCACCAGCCCCAACACGCCCACGCCCUCUCAGGGGGCGCGUGGAGGAAGCUGUCCCUCGGCAUCGCCUUCCUCGAGGCGUCGAGGACCGUGGUCCUCGACCAGCCCACCAGCAGGGUGGACCCGUGUUCCUGCCGUGGCGUCUGGGACGUGCUCCUCGAAUACCAAGAAAGCGGGACCAGGCAGCGCUCCGCGUUCUCCUCCCGCUGUACCGCCGUGGUGGAGGGGAGCAAGGGGCGUAUCCCAAUACGUCAUCCUUCUCGGGGAAAGAAAUUUCCCAGGAGUGCACGGAGACACACCUGUCGUGCAGCAUCCCUGUGGUGCUGGGCUUCUGGGGGUUGCUCAGCCAGCUUAGCAGUGGGGCCAUCCGAGCUUGUCACGCCUGAUGUCAUCUUCACCGCCCACCACGUGGACUAGGCCGAGGUGCCGAGUGACCACGUGGCAGUGCUGCAGCAGGGGUGGCUCCGGUGCUGCGACACCCUCUCCAGCCUGACCCAGGCCCACGGGCAGGGGCUCCGCCUGAUGCUCAGCAAGGAGCCUUCUGUUCUGGAGGCCGGGACCCGAAGGACACAGCUUGUGCCAUGUCCUACAUGGCACACCUACAUCCCACAGGCAUCCCUCCGAGGCAGCAGCUGGGGCGAGCUGAGCUACACGAUCCCUGAGGAUGCAGACAGAGCCUGCUUCACAGGGCUUUUCCAGGCCCUGGACCGGAACCUUCACCACCUGUACCUGACGGGCUACGGGAUCUCAGACACCAGCUUAGAAGAGGUACCUUCUGAUGAAAGCUGCUUGAGCAGGACGCAGAGCUGUCUUUGCUUCUUCGUCCCCAUUUCCUCAAGCUUCAAACACAUGCAGGAGAGGUGGAGAGGAGACGUGUCUGCUGCCAGUUAUACACGCCAAAGAAGACGGCACGCCUGCUGGGCCCCCCUGGUGCGGGGCGGCGCCCUGCUCUGGGCACAGACGGCCGCCCUCCUGCUGAAGCGGCUCCGCCGCUCGGGUCGGGCCUGGAAGGGCACCGCCUCCGACCUGCUGCUGCCCGUGCUCUUCGUGGCCUUGGCGAUGGGCUUGCUCAUGGUGAGGCCUUUGGCCGUCGGCUGCCCUCCCCUCAAACUGACACCUGGCCAUUACGACAUGGCCCAAACCUACUUUUUCAGCAGUGAGAACGGUGACGUGGAGCUCGGCCGCGUGCUUUUGCAGAAGUUUGGGGCUCAGGACCUGCUCUGUGCUGACUUACACUCAGACCUGGGGAAUUCUUCCUGCUGGUGCAUGGACCCCUUCUUCUCUCACCCAGAAGUCCAGGAGUCCUGCGGCUACCUGAAGUGCCCCAGUGGAAGCACCAGGGCUCCCUACCUGACCAACCGCCUGGGCCACAGGCUGCUCAACCUCUCCGGCCUCCCCCUGGAGGAGUAUUUGCCGGCGCUGGAGGAAAAACCAAGGCUUGGAGGAUGGUCUUUUGGAGUGAGAAUCCCUGAUUAAGUUCAAGACGCACAUUCAAAUAUAUCAAAACCCAGAACUUUGGCAAAGGGCCAUUAAGUCCUCUUUCUUUUUUGGGUGUGGUACAAUCAGAAGGGCUUUCAUUCCCUGCCAUCCUACCUAAGUCAUCUCAACAACCUCAUUUUGUGAAGGCUCUUACCCCCUGUGGCAGACUGCAGGCAGUACGGAAUCACGCUCUACAGCCACCCAUAUGGAGGAGCCUUGCUGAACGAGGAAAAGUUCCUGGAGAGCUUCCGCCAGUGCGGCAUCACCCUGUGCAUCGUGCUUGGAUUCUCCAUCCUGUGCGCGUCCAUCAGCAGCUGUGUGCGGGACAGGGUGAUUGGGGCCACAAGGCUGCAGCACGUGAGCGGCCUGGGCUACAGGACCUACUGGCUCACGAUCUUCCUGUGUGACAUGCUCUUUUACUUGGUUUCUGUCUGCCUGUGUGUCGCUGUGAUCCUCACCUUCCAGUUAACGGCUUUCACUUUCCGGGAGAACCUGGCAGCCACGGCCCUCCUGCUGGCACUUUUUGGAUGCGCGUCUCUUCCAUGGAUGUAUCUCAUCUCCAGAAUCUUCUUCAGUUCGGACGUGGCUUUCAUCUCCUACAUCUCCCUGAACUUCCUCCUCGGCCUCUGCACCAUGCUGAUGACUGUCACGCCCUGGCUGUUGGCCUUUGUCUCCAAGGCUCAGAAUUUGCAGAACAUCUGCGACGUCCUCAAGUGGGUCUUCACUAUUUUCCCUCAAUUCUGCCUGGGUCAAGGGCUGAUAGAACUCUGUUACAAUCAGAUCAGAUACAACCUGACCCACAACUUUGGCAUCGAUUUGUACAUGAGCCUCUUUGAGAUGAGCUUCCUGGGCUGGAUCUUUGUGCAGCUGGCGGUACAAGGGAUGGUCCUUCUCCUCCUGAGGGCCCUGCUGCAUGGGGACCUCUGGCAGUGGCCCAGGGGCCACUCUGCCAUUCGAGGCACAGUCACAUCUUCCAAGGACGUAGAUGUUGAAAAAGAGCAAGUGAGGGUGUUGGAAGGCAGAACUGGUGGAGACAUUCUCGUGUUGUACAACCUUAGUAAGAGUUACAGAGGCUUCUUCAAGAGGGCCACCGCUGUAUCAGAUAUUAGCUUGGGCCUACACAGGGGAGAGUGCUUUCGGCUUCUACAGGUGAACGGAGCUGGGAAAACCACCAUAUUCAAAAUGCUGACCGGGGACCUGCCUCCGAGCUCGGGACACACCAUCCUCAGGACUCCCAUGGGAGAGGAUGUGGAUCUGGCUCUUGUUGGCACAGCCGGCAUCCACGUUGGCUACUGUCUGCAGCAGGACGCCCUGGAUGAGCUCCUGACCGGCUGGGAACACCUGCGUUAUUACUGCAGCCUGCGUGGGAUUCCAAAGCAGUGCAUCCCCAAAGUGGCCGGGGACCUCGUGAGGCUCCUCCACUUGGAAGCCCACGUGGACAAACCUGUGUCCACCUACAGCGGGGGGACCAAGAGGAAGCUGUCCACAGCCCUGGCCCUGCUGGGGAAACCCGACCUUCUCUUACUGGACGAACCCAGCUCGGAGAUGGAUCCCUGCUCGAAGUGGCACCUGUGGGAGGCGGUGACGAAUGAGGCACAGGAGGGCUGUGCUGUGGUCCUGAGCUCCCACAGCAUGGAGGAGUGUGGGGCCGUGUGCCCGAGACUUGCCAUCAUGGUCCAUGACAGCUUCCAGUGCCUGGGUUCCCCACAGCACAUCAAAAACAGGUUUGGUGAUGGUUAUACAGUCGAGGUUUGGCUCUGCAACAAAGCAAAUCAACACAACGCUGUUUCCGACUGCUUGAAGCUCUCUUUUCCAGGAAUCCAGUUUAAGGGGCAGCGCCUUAAUUUAUCGGAAUACCAUGUGCCAAAAAGAUGGGCGUGCUGCCUGUGCAGAGUUCUGGAGGACAAUAAAAACUUCCUGAGUAUCAAAUAUUACUCCAUCAAGCACACCCCUCUGGAGCAGAUAUUUGUUAAUUUUGCGACUGAGCAGCAACAAACUGCACCACCUUCUGAUCCGUCCACCGGUCGUGAGCACCCACAGAACCUGCCUGUCUAA